AUGAAGGGUGGUUUAGUCAAGUUGAACCCGGUUGAUUCUCGUAUGGGUGAGAAUUUGCAAAGUUCUAAUCUUGAUGAUAAAAGAAUAAGGUUAGAAAGGCGAUGGAGGAGACGGGAGAUCAUGGUUGAUAGUUUGAAGCACAGUCGUGUUGCUAGUGCUACAAAGACAGCUUUGAAGAUUCGGGGAAAUACCGAUGUUUUAAUAGAUAAAAAUGAGCCUACGAUACAUGAUGAAGCAGAUGAAGAAUGGGAAACAUUUUUGGCUACAUAUACUAGUGAUGAUGGUGAUGAAAUGGAUGAGGAUUACAGUUCCUUUUUAACUACGUAUAAUUCUGAUAUUGAAGCUGAUUGUGGUAGUAAUCAUUGCGGUGGUUCAAACAUUGGCAGUGAUGAAACAGAUGCAGAAUACAGAUUCUUUUUAGCUGCGUAUCAUCCUGAUGUUGAAAAUGACAGUGCAGGUAAUCAAAGUGGUGGUUCAAACAUUGGCAGUGAUGAAGUAGAUGCAGAUUACAUAUCCUUUUUAGCUACAUAUGAUCCUGAUGUUGAAAAUGGCAAUGCUGGUAAUCAAAGUGGGGGUUCAAAUGUUGAUGUCAACAUUGGCAACAACAAUGUCAGUGAGGAAAUAGAAGAAGGUUACAAUGGUUUUUCAAAUCAAUUUGCUUCUGAUUGUAUUAACGAUGGGGUUGAUGUUGAUGAAGAUGAUUGUUUACUAAGAAAAAGUUUUAGUGUUGGGCAAAAUUCACCAGUUUCUGAUCAAGAAUUUGAUACUCCUGAAGUGCAAUGUGUUGUUGAUGAAGAUUAUGAACAAUUCCUUAAUUCUGGGUGGGUUGUUGAUGGCGAUUUUGUGUAUGGCUGUGAUAAGAAUACCAAUAACCCAUCCAAUGUGGAUGAUGGGAGUAAUUCCUCUGAUUCAGAUCUAAUUGUUUUGGAAUCUUAUCCUAACUGUGAAAACACUCCUUUUGUAUCUUCAAAGGCAUAUGAUUCAUCUUGUUUUGGAGAAGAAAUGCACCCCAAAGACAACAUGCAAACGACUUCUUUUCAUCGUUCUCAAUUUCAAAAAAGACUUAUGGAAUAUGUUGAUAGGCCUUAUGACUAUGAAGAGUAUAAAUCUCUUAUUCUUGAAGCAUAUGAACGAAAGGAAAAGGAACGCCAUUUAGAAACACGGCGGGGGGUGAUUAAGUCAUAUCAUGCUGUAGGUUUCACCAAAUCGUAUCUUGAUUUGUUCCCUGAUUUAGCCAAAGCUAUUGCCCUGGAGUCCAAGGAAAAGCCUAGGGUUUUGUUUCUCUUGCGUGGAUUGUUUUUUUGGUUAGAAAACGCUUCCCACGAAGGACAAUUUCAGCCUUGGCGUGAUGAAUCAUGUUUGGAGAUUAUGCGAAAAAUGUAA